AUGGCAAGGGCAGCCCUCCUGCAGCUGCUGGUGGUGGCAUUGGCCGCAAACUCUGCCGCUGCGGCACGUACACUGCAGCUGUUUGGGAAGGGCGCGGUCGCGCCGGCGGCUGUGCAGCCGGUGGUGGUGCAGGCAGCCUACGCGCCGCAGCCCGUCGUAACCUACUCGUACGCAACCGCCCCGGUCGUCGUGGGCGCGGUGUACCCCCAGGCCGCGCCGGUCAACAAAGUUCACCCGAAGGAGAAGAUCAAGUCAGUGAUCAGCUCCAUAAUUGGCCAGAUCUCAGGCGGCGGCGACGCCCCCUCCGGCCCGCAGCCCGCGGCCGCGUACCAGCAGACCGGCGCCGUCAUGACCGCCGCGCCCGUCGUCAUCGGCAGCGGCGGCGGCGUUAUUGUCAGUGGCCCGGCACCCUUUGGUGGCGCACCCGUCUUCCAGCAGCCCGCUUAUGGCCAGCCCGUCUACGCCCAGCCCGUCCCUUACGGCCAGCCCGGCGGCUACUUCGCUCCUCAGCCCGUCUACGGCCAGCCCGGUGGCUACUACACCCCGCAGCCCGCGACUGGGCCGCAGCCGAUUUACGGCCAGCAGGGCGCCCCCAUGUAUGCCCAGCCGCAGCCCAUGGUUGGCCAGCAGCAGGUGCCUGCCGGCCAGCAGCCGGCCCCCACGGCUGCUGUGCAGCAGGCGCCGCCCGCGGCAGCAGCCGCGGCGACACCCGCAGCGGCGCCCGCGGCGCCCAAGGCCCCGUAA